UUAUUUGGGGAAUUUUUGGAGUGGAGGAGGAAGGGGGGAAUUAGAGGUGAGGAGUAGUUUUGGAGAGCUGGAUUUGGUGCUGAUAAUGUAGGUGAGCUACUAAAGAAGCGAUGUCUUUAAGAUAAUGCUGGAAAAACAUCUUUGUAGCAGUUUCGAAGAGAGAAAAUCAAGCCAACAUAAAUCUAUUGAUGUUAAAAAUCUUAUGGAUUCAGUUGUUUGGCUAAGAAAUAUUACCAACAUAUUUUCAUUGAAGACAUCGUUUCAUGGAGCAAAGUGUUUCUCUAAGCCAAGAAUUUUAAGGUAUGCUUAUUAGCAAGAAAAUCAUGAUAUUCUGUAAUAAUCUCAAGUGAACCCAUUAACAACAUACUGGUACUUCGAGCACCGAAAGAAAAGAAUCACAUCAGAGGAUGAAUUAAAUCAAGAUAUCUAGAUUCACUCCUCCCAAUAAGAAAUGUAUUUUCUCAUGUGCAACUUACUAUGGGAAGGAUCAAAUCAUAAUAAGUUUAAGAUAAAAUGUAUAUUUAAAAGGCUGGUAAAGAUAAU